UGUCAAAAUGAAAUGAGCCAUAAUUCUAUUUCUGUGAUUCAUGCAACAAACAAAUAAGUGUAAUACGUCUUACUCAUCAGUAGUUUUGUGAUAUUAAUUAAAGGCCACAAAAUGUUUUCUUCAAAUCCGAAUUACACGAAGCUCAAAACUCACUUAAGGCUGGCUGUAAACCGUCUUAAACUAAUUGAAAAAAAGAAAACCGAAUUAGCUUUAAAAGCUCGUAAAGAAAUUGCGGAAUACAUAGCUGCUGGCAAAACUGAACGUGCUAAAAUCCGAGUGGAACAUAUAAUCAGAGAGGAUUACAUAGUAGAAGCGAUGGAGAUUGUUGAAAUGUACUGUGACCUGAUACUAGCAAGAUUUGGUCUUGUUACUCAAAUGAAAGAAUUAGACGAAGGUUUAGCUGAAGCCAUAUCAAGUCUUAUUUGGGUUGCGCCACGAAUGCACACUGAUAUACAGGAACUUAAGGUAAUUUCAGAUUUACUGACAGCAAAGUAUGGUAAGAUUUAUGCAGAUGCAUGUCGCAAUGAAGAUGUGAACACAAUAAGUGACAAACUGAAACACAAGAUGUCUGUACAGAGUCCACCCAAAAUACUUGUGGAGAGAUAUCUGAUAGAGAUUGCUAAGAAAUAUAAUGUAGAAUAUGAACCCGAUGAACAAGUUAUGAGAGAGGAACAGGGUCGAGAUGCAUUAUUAAUUGACAUCAAUGGGCCACCAAUGCCUCCAGGGUUUAUAGGCUUUCCCUCGCAACCCCCUAUGCCCCAGAUGCCCAGCAUGCCUGGUUCUACUGUGCAGCCAUUCUCUUAUCCUUCUGGUCAACCUUCUGGUGGUAAAGCUGGUGGAUUUAUAGCAAAUCCCCAAAACAAUUAUCCGAGUGGCCCCAGUGGUUCACCAAUGAACUAUAACUUGCCGCCAGGAGUUGACUCAAAGAAUUUAAGCAACAGUUUUCUUCAGGAAGAAAUGCAUAAUCUACCGCCUGCUUAUGAUAGUAUAGCACAUGAUAUGCCGGCACAUGUGCCGACACCACAGCCGAGGUCUCGUGUACCACAGAACUACUUCCCGGAACUGCCAGAGUUACCAUCAGUACCAUCAGACUUACCACUACCCUCCGUACCACAUAGCAACAGCAACAACACUCCUAAUGAAUCCAGUGCUCCAGAUGAAAUAGAUUUUGAAGAUCUCAACAGACGCUUUGAGGAGUUAAAGAAGAAAAAGUAAACGGGAGUGGCUGUAAGUUUGUAUAUUUAACUUGGCACAUCAAUACCAAGGAUACUUUUCUACUUGGUGUGCCAACUUAAGUAUUAGUUGUACAAUGCUUGCAUAUAUAUGUAAAUUUAUAAAGGAAAAUAAUAAUUAAUUGUAGCUUGCUUUCAAAAUUACUGUUUUAAGAAGGUAAGUAAAAAUGUCCCUACAUAUGCUGACUAUGGUCCUCAGAAAAGAGGACCCCC